UCUCUCACGUGGACACUUCUGUCUGCCUGUCUCUCUAUCUGUCUCUCCCCUCUGUCUCAAAGGAGCUAAACUGGCGGCAUAAAGGUAUUCUGGGAUUUGACCUUUGUCUCAUUCACAGCUCUGUCUCUCUGAAAAAACAACACACUGUAAUUUUUGCAGACUUAAUCAACAGGUUAGCUGAAAACUCUGUGCUCCUGCCUGAGGGCCUUACUGGCCUCAAACUCCGGUGACCAGAGCUGAGAAACAGGAAAACAAACUCUGGACUUUUGUUGCUGCUUCUUCUGCAGUUUUGGGAUUAUUGAGAACAAUUAUCUGGCCAUACUGGAUGUAAAACAGAUGGCAAAACUGCUUCCUCCCAAGUUCAGCUGUGCAUGAAAGGUAUUUAUGUGAACAUGCACUCAAAGCUGUUUAUCAGUGCUUAAAACUGAACAAGCUGUGUGGGAGCUGCUCGGACCAAUGUUAACUUGCUGGUAAAGGUGUGAAGCUGUGUUCAUGAAACAGGUCAGAAGUGCUUGAAGAGGCCGUGACUGUGUGUGUUUGAGUGUGUGGGUGUGUGUGUGUGUGUGUGUGUGUGUGUGUGUGUGUGAGGUGUUGGGGCCCUGUGGAGGUCGUAGCCCUGGAUUUCUUAGAGAUGGAGGGUCAUGGUUAUGACCGGUUUGGAGAAGGGGACAGAGACACUUACCAAAUCGACUACCGGAGGAUCGUUGGGGACAUGGAACCAGCGCGGCCUCGCAUCUUAAACAGAGAUGGGGAACGACCUCUUCCCUACAGGGCUUACUGUAUGUCCCCCCCUCACCACAUGGACAUGGGCAUGAGACUGCAGCCCAGCGCUACAGUGCUACACGUAUCCAAGCUGGAUAUGAACCAGAGAGCAUGGCAGACUACUUGAUCAGUGGAGGCACAGGUUAUGUUCCUGAAGAUGGACUAACAGCACAACAACUCUUUGCAAUCGGCGAUGGACUUACAUACAAUGACUUCUUGAUCCUGCCUGGUUUCAUAGAUUUUACUUCUGAUGAGGUGGAUCUUACCUCUGCAUUGACAAGAAAGAUAACACUGAAGACACCUCUCAUUUCAUCUCCCAUGGAUACAGUCACAGAGUCAUCCAUGGCCAUCGCCAUGGCAUUGAUGGGUGGGAUUGGAAUAAUUCAUCAUAACUGUACUGCUGAGUUCCAGGCCAACGAGGUCCGCAAAGUCAAGAAAUUUGAGCAGGGCUUCAUUACAGACCCAGUGGUGAUGAGUCCUCGACACACAGUGGGGGACGUGUUUGAGGCAAAGACACGCCAUGGUUUCUCUGGGAUCCCUGUUACAGAGACUGGCAAGAUGGGCAGCAAGCUGGUCGGUAUCGUCACCUCCAGAGACAUAGACUUCCUGUCUGAGAAGGACCAUGACAGACCCCUGGAGGAAGCAAUGACAAAAAGAGAAGAUUUAGUUGUUGCCCCUGCUGGAGUCACACUGAAAGAGGCUAAUGAUAUACUGCAACGCAGCAAAAAAGGUAAGCUCCCCAUAGUGAAUGACAGUGAUGAGCUGGUUGCCAUUAUUGCAAGGACCGACUUGAAAAAGAACAGAGAUUAUCCUCUGGCUUCCAAGGACUCUCGCAAACAGCUGCUGUGUGGAGCUGCUAUUGGCACGAGGGAGGACGACCAUUACAGACUGGACCUCCUCAUGCAGGCUGGAGUAGAUGUGGUCGUUCUGGAUUCCUCCCAAGGAAACUCAGUGUAUCAGAUCAACAUGAUAAACUACAUCAAACAGAAACAUCCUGAAUUACAGGUAGUCGGAGGAAAUGUGGUGACAGCUGCUCAGGCCAAAAACCUCAUUGACGCUGGUGUAGACGCCCUGAGAGUGGGCAUGGGAUGUGGCUCCAUCUGUAUCACACAGGAAGGUAUGAUAAACAAUGCAGCCAUGUCAACAACAACCAGUCUAUUUUUAUUAUUACAUGUAACACAGGUUUAUACCAUACACUAUUGCUCUUGUUCCUCAGUGAUGGCAUGUGGACGGCCCCAAGGAACAUCGGUGUACAAGGUUGCAGAGUAUGCUCGACGUUUUGGAGUGCCAGUUAUUGCUGAUGGAGGCAUUCAAACUGUUGGACAUGUUGUGAAAGCUCUGGCUCUGGGAGCAUCUACAGUGAUGAUGGGGUCGUUGCUCGCAGCAACCACUGAAGCCCCAGGAGAAUAUUUCUUUUCAGACGGUGUGCGUCUGAAGAAGUACAGAGGAAUGGGCUCCUUGGACGCCAUGGAGAAAAAUAACAGUCAGAAACGCUACUUCAGCGAGGGAGAUAAGGUGAAGGUGGCUCAAGGUGUCUCAGGAUCAGUAACAGAUAAAGGCUCCAUCCAUAAGUUUGCUCCUUAUCUCAUUGCUGGUAUCCAACAUGGCUGUCAGGACAUAGGAGCCAAGAGUUUGUCGAUUUUAAGGUCCAUGAUGUACUCUGGGGAGCUGAAGUUUGAGAAAAGAACCAUGUCUGCUCAGAUGGAAGGAGGAGUCCACGGCCUUCACUCUUACGAGAAACGACUUUACUGAGAGUGGAGGAAGAGGAAACACUCGCCUAGGACCAAAUGUCCCGAUCCCAGCAGCUAUGAGCAGAGGCACCGGGCGCAUGUGAUCAAGCUCAACACCAUUCACACUCCAACACAGUCUUGUCUCCUCAUUGACCCCUCCCAAGAUAAACAAAACAAAACACCUUAAGGUGAAUUUGAAGAUUUAUCUUUGUACUCUUCAACCACUCAUGUCCCCACAUAAACUCAUUAUCUGUCUUUCUACCCGUGGGGCCAAGGUCUAGUUAAGGUAAUGUAAUUAACUAUUCUCUUGAUCCCCUUCAACAAGCAAACUGAUUUAAUUAACUACUUUAGGACAAGCUUAUCAUUGCUGACGUAAUAAAAGGCCCCUUUCUUGUUGGCCUCCAAACUGCACCAUAUAGAUACUGGGUUGUACAACAAGGCUUGCAGAGGUGCAGCCCUAUGCCUCCACGCACAUUUUGUAUUUAUAACAAGAUAUUUUUGUAGAGAAUCUAGCAGUUAGAUAUUUUAUUAACAAAAGAAGGAUAAAAGGUAUUUGGCAUAAAGUUUCAACAUUUUAUUUUAUUAAAAAAGUAAAGAACCAAUAUAUUUGAUGGUUUCACUAUCAGCUCUCUGCUGACACCUUGUGUAUAAAGCUAACCGAGCCUGAAAGAAACUCAUAGUAGGUCAAGUAACAUUUUGUUCUCUUUAGCUUCUCACAACACCAGUUAUAUCUUGUUUAAGCAAAUACCUUGCAUGUCAUUUCACCUCUAGCCGAUGAGCUACCUAAAUGUACUGCUGCUGUUUCAGAAGGGACCAAAGCAUAGCAUCAGCCUUAAUUCAUACAUACAUAUUUGUAACAAGGAGCGCUUUAAAGUGAUAAUGUGAUAUUGCACUCUAGAUAUUCCACUGUUCACUUCAUUUGGCACAGAAAAUACUAAUUAACACAAUAUUUGAUUGACAAGACUGAAGACUACACAUUUUAGUGUGAUUAUAAUUGACAAAUAUCACUGUCAUUUUGAAUUUCCAAUACAGAUGAGUCUGUGUCACAUUGGUUCUACAUGUUUUGAUAUUCCAUAGUUUCAUUUUGCAAAAAGGACAUGGUAAAUUACAUAGGUUUAUAUUUGUAUAUAAUACAUAACGUAGGUAGUUAUUUGUCCUUUUUUCAGGCUCAGUCUUUAAACAAUUAAAUGCUGAGUCAAUGAAAUAGAGCUAUGAAGUCAAGUUAGAUUUAUUUCUUGAUAAAAUUGUGAGCAAAUGUUAAUCCAAGUUAAUUUAUCAGUUUUUAAAUGUGAUUUAUUUGUCUGGGCGGUACUUACCAUCUUUGGUAUUACACAUGUUGGUCCACGAUUAACAGUGGGACUUUAUUAGUAAUGACAUGCAGCCAAAGAGCUUAGCUAUUGAACUGGCUGACCAAAUUAUUUUACAGUUCCUAAUAAUUUAAAUAUAUAUAUAUAUGACUUGUAUCUUGUAAUGUAUAUUUUUCUUCUAUCACUCAUAAGGCUUUCGAAUUAAAAUCUCUGUAAAUAGUGUUGCAUGAAUAAAGACAAUUCUGACAAGGUCAUA